AUGGGCUGCGGUAUCGUAAAGAACCUGCUCAACUCGGGCCACUCGGUUGUAGUGGAACCGCACCGCCACCAAGUGCCGCAAGUUCAGGAGGCGGGCGCCGAGGACGCUGACACGCCUUCGGAUGUGAUCGAGUUUACGGACGGGACGAACUCGUGCGUGUCGGAUCUGCAAGAAGCGAAGGAUCUGGUGUUCGGCAAUUGUUGAGUCUUGUCGGCCAAUCUCGUCGGCAAGGGCUUCGUCCAAAUGACCGGCGGCGACCCGGAAAAGUCGCAGGACAUCGCCAAACAGAUCAUUUCCAAAGAGGCUGGUACCU